AUGGUCCAGAUAUUCAAUAAAAUCAAGAAAAGUCGAGGGGACAAAAGAAAAUACCGAGGCCUAAUUUUAGACAAUGAGCUACGGGUAUUACUCAUCAGCGACCCAAAAACUGACAAGGCAGCAGCUGCACUCACCGUUAACGUUGGUUACAUGAGCGACCCCAAUGGACUCGAUGGCUUGGCUCAUUUUCUGGAGCACAUGCUUUUUCUAGGAACGGAAAAGUUCCCCAUCGAGAACGAGUACAAAAAGUUCUUUGCAGAGCAUGGCGGCAUUGCGAACGCUUACACCACCAUGGGAAAAACGACCCACUACUUUGACGUCACCCCUGAGCACUUGAAUAGAGCAUUAGACAUAUUUUCUCAGUUAUUUUUGGCCCCUCUCUUCACCGAGGACGCGAUAGUCCGAGAAGUGCAAGCCGUCAAUUCAGAGUAUGAAAAAAAUUUGGCCAAUGACUCAUAUCGAUUACACCAGCUGGACAAGACCACCAGCAGUAAGGACCAUCCCUACAGUAAAUUUGGCAUUGGCAACUUGCAAACGUUGGUUGAAGAUCCCAAGAAAAAUGGAAUUAAUGUCAGGGAGGCGCUGCUCAAAUUCCACAGCACUUACUACUCGUCCAACAUCAUGUCGCUCGUGAUCCUCGGCAAAGACUCUUUAGCAAAACUGCAAAAUACAGCUGUUAAAUUGUUUGGAACAAUUAAGAACAAACGCGUCACUCUGCCCGUGUGGCCCGGACAUCCUCUUGGCCCAGAGCAGCUGAAAAAGAAAAUACUGGCUGUGCCAAUUACACUGGUAAAUUCGCUUAGAAUCAGCUUUCGCAUCGUGGAUAAGAGUCAGCAGUACAAGUCAGGCCCAAUUCAGUACUUGGCCUACCUUCUUGAUCACAAAAGCAGCGGUAGCUUGCAGUACGUCUUGGGAGUGCGAGUAUUGAUGUUUAAUCUCAAAGCUUACUACGAUCCUCAUGCGGCCAGUCAAAUUUUUUAUUUGUUCGAUCUGAUUAUUAAUCUGACUGAAGAAGGUCUUAAGAACGUUGACCACGUCAUUGAUUUCGUUUUCCAGUAUAUCAAUUUGCUUCGAAAAGAGAGCCCACGACAUAAAAAAAUUUUCAAUGAGUACGCGAAAAUAAGAAAAUUGGGUUUCCGGUUCAAAGGCAAGGAAACUGCUUUGAAAUACGUUGUCAACCUGGUUGAAGACCUACUGAAAUACCCGAUAGAGGAUGUGCUGACUGCAGAGUAUUUAUUGUCAGAGUUUAAUCCAAAAUUGCUUAGUGAACUGAUGGAUAUGCUUACGCCAAAUAACUGCAGGAUUUUCAUUUUUUCUAAGCAUUUUGAGAAAAAUGCUGACCAGACUGAGAAAUGGUACGGAACCAAGUACAAAAUCGAAGACAUUCCAACUGAGCUGAUUGAAAAUUGGAAGAAUGCUGAGCCGGUUGAAGAGCUGAAGCUGCCCGAAAAGAACGAGUUCAUUCCAAGCAACUUAGAUAUUUUGCCAGAUGAUGAUAGUCCGCCACCGCAUCCAUCUAUCAUUCAUGAGACGCCAUUUGUUCGAGUGUGGCACAAGAAGGAUGACGAAUUUCUCCUCCCAAAAUUAAACCUGAUAAUGGAUAUUACUAGGCAUUCUACUCCAUUUGCGAAUUUGAACCCCAUCGCGUCGUACUAUGUAUUUAUGUACGUGGGACUUGUUAAUAGCGCCCUGUUUGUGUAUUUGUGCGACGCCAACCUUGCGGGUCUCAAGUGUUAUAUCAUGAGUCACAGUUCUGGCUUGUUGGUGAAAAUUGAGGGCUUCCACGACAAGCAAGAAAAUUUUCUUGAUAAAGUGCUCAACAAGCUGAUCAAAUUGGAUAUCAGAGGGAAAUACUACAAGUUUGUAAAGGAACACGAGUUUUCCACGUGGUUCCCAAACAAGCAGGCAUCUCACUAUGAAUCUGUGUGCUUGCGGGAGAACAAAUGGCUUCAUAGAGAUUAUUCGGAUAUUCAAGAAUAUGUGUCCGCCGAAGGCCUGGAGAGGUUCAUCCAGCAAUUCUUCUCCAUUAUGCACAUUGAGUGCCUGAUCCACGGCAACGCGAACAAAGCAGCAGCCCAGAAACUGAUCGAAGUGAUUGAAAGAAACCUUCCAAAAAAUAUGCUGCCGUCGCAUUUGCAGCGUCCCUGUGAUAUUAUGCUGAAUGAUGGGUGCAACUAUGUUUAUGAAGCGAGAAAUGCCAGGUACAAAACUUCUUGCGUCGUCUUUCACCUGCAGUGUCCGCCAAAAAGCACAGAGAGCAAAAUGCAGCUUGAGUUGUUCGUCAAACUCGCCAGCGAACCGUGCUUCAACGAGCUCAGGACCAAAGAGCAGCUGGGUUACAGCGUGGAUAUACGUCAUAGCUACGUCAUUACGGGCCAAUGUGUGAGAAUCGAGAUUACAUCACUCAAGCACCCAGAUUACGUGGACCACAAAAUUGAGGAGUUUCUGCUGAGCAUGAAGUCGUACCUCGAGGAAAUGAGCGACGAGAAGUUUGAACGGCACAAACAAGCCCUGGCUGCGCUGCGGCUGGAGAAGCCCAAGAAGAUGAAAAACCUAACGAGUCGAUACUGGACCGAAAUUUCCGACCAAACGUACUGCUUUGACCGGGACAAUAUCGAGGUCGAAUCUCUCAGGAAAAUCACCAAGGACGAUGUGAUUCAUUUUUACAAUGAUCACAUCCACCCCGAAGGUGCCAAAAGGCGAAAGCUGGCGAUCCACGUGUUGUCGACCGCGGAGGGAGGCGCUGGAAAUGCUGGCGCUGAUAGUGAAAUGAACGAUUUUGAGACGUUGUUGGCCGUACGAGAGCCAACGUGGAUCGAGGAUAUCGAAAGCUUCAAGAGCAACUUGUCGACCUUUCCGCUUCCCCAGCCUUCUGCAUAUCACAAGCCACAAGGCUCCAAAGCAAAAGUUUAG